AUGCAGGCAUGCCGUCAAUUCCUUCGUCACAGGAUCAAAAGGGGUGGCCAUACCGCGUGGGUAUGUGAAGUUUCUCUCGCGGAGAUGUCCAAGCAGGGCGAGGGCAUUUUUUCCGAAGGCGACACGACGGCGUUGCGGCCCCCGUUUUCCUCCGCCCCCGUCGCGCGACGUCUCACCACGACAGAAGAGGCGGUGCGUCGCAUCUCGUUGUUUUACAGCCCUCACACAUAUGCCUACGGCCUUCUUAGUGCUCUUGUUCUUUUCGACGAGGCAAAGCGUCGUGGGCUUCUGGACCCCAAAGUGGAUGCGGGGAAGUUCUUCGUGCACCCCAUGGCGCUCGUUCGCCACCCGGAAAUGUUUUCACAGUUUUUUGGACCCGAACGGGCCCAAUUCUUUUCCGCGAUGCUUCAGCAACUUCUUGCCGUGCACGAUGCGGAGUACUCCUCCGUCGUGCGGGUGUGUCGUUCACAGGGUGUGGAUGCGACAAGGUGGAUCCCAUUCCUGCGCGGACUGUGUCUCUGCGUGAUUGCUGGCGACCCAAUACUCUCCGAGGCGAGUUUUGUCAUUGAGGACUUGAUUCUGAACGGUGUUCUCCAUGACGGCUUAAGUGUUCCUGGAGACUACAACGAUCGUGGCGUCUCAGUAGCCGACAUGCUCAUGGAGGCCGCCGUGGAACUUGGCUCGGCGAGGCUGUCGGAGUUCAGUUUGUCCGUAUACCGACAGUUUCUGCCGGAAACACCUUACGCGGUCAGCAAGAGGCUGGCUUUGUGUAUCACGCGAGGUGAGAGACGUCAUCUCGACUGGAACUUGCGAUGCCUCCCACGUAAGCCACGUGGCCGGUCACGUUUGAAGCGUUAA